AUGCGUCGUACGGAAUGUAUAGUCCAUGAACUCUUUCCUGACUUACCUGAGGUGGACGCCGAGUCCUCGGAUGCCUUGGUGCCCGCGCUGAGGUCACCAUGGCCAAAAGAGAAACAUAGUUCCCAUAGCGAAACGGCCUAUAGGGAUCUGCUAAGUAAAGCCGUGGAGGCUUUGCGAUGCCUAGUUGCAAAUACAACUAAAAAGUUACAUGCUGAACAAGGUCCAGAUUCGUCCAGAGCCUUCCUCUCUUCAGUCACCGCCUUAUCCAUGUUGCCGACCGAGGAUUUCGCCCGCCUCUGUACUGGCAUUUAUCGUGCUUCGGCCUCCUACUACCCCGAUACCCCUCCUGCCAGCGACGCAGGGUCUCCGUCAGCAGACUCGAGCAAGGAACAGAGGACUACAAGCCCGGUAAAGGGGAUACAGAUUCGAGAGGAAAAGUUGAGAAAUUCAUCGCGAAUACCAGAGAAGCUCUUAUCCAGCUUGUUAACAAUCAUUGGGAACGACUCGCUAGUGGGGUGCAAGAGCUCCAAGGCGACCCUCGAAGUAGCGACAAGCAGGUGCAGCGAGUUUACUAUUAUCACGAGCUCCGAAGGCUCGGACUGGAAACAGAGCUGCAUUGGUUGCGGCGGGCACUGUCAUUGA